AUGGAGGCAGAGGAAAGAGAAAGAUUACAGGCAAGAGUUAAGUGGUAUGAUCCUCGGCGAGCCUACGGCUUUUGCUACGUUUCCAUCGAGCUCGACGGCGUCGUCAAGGAGGUUGAAGCAUUCUUCGGACGAGAAGAAGCUCAGGCUGCACGAGAUUGUGGCUUGAGCCUGUCUCGCGGAGAAGAUCUUCUCUGUGACCUACUGACAGAAAGGUCAAGUGGGCGUUUUCUUGCUACGCAGCUUCGCUCUAGAUCCGCAGGGUCGGAGGAGACUGUUUACGAUUCGGACCGCCUUCAGGAGUCGCUUCGAAGCUUAGCGGAUGAGCUGGAGACCGAAGUCAUGCCAGCGCUGAGCUCCUUGGACCGCUUCCCUGCUGCCGCAGAUCGCUUCUGUGAGCUCUUGGACACAGCGUGGAACGAGCACUCGGCUGCCGGCCGAGCCCAGCUCGAGGCCUUCGUGCAGCAGAAGUGCUUCAAAGCUGUGCAGGUCUUUGCGCGUCAAACGCUGAUGUGCCCCGAUCUGGCCUUCAACAGAAUCGCAUCUGAGAAGAUGUCAGCAUGGCUGGGCCGAUUGGUGGCAGCUUCGUGGUGUUGGUCUCCACACCAGCGCCAGACACUGCAGGAGAUGUCCGAGCUUGCCCAGCUCGUUUGUGGGGGCCGCAAAGACAGCAGAGUCGACGAAGUGGACUCUGGCUUUCAUCGCAGGAUUCACAGAGUUCUCCACGAACGAACCGUGCGUUUUGUGGUUGUGUUGGAGGGAGUUCGAAACUCUGCCAACCAGCAGAUGAUCCUCCGUACGUGUGAGGCUGUUGGCAUCCAGGAGGUGUGGCUCGUGCCCCCCCGCUCGGGCGCAAAGUACCGUGCGACAAUGGUCCGAUCCCGGCAUGCUUCGAGAGGUGCUGAGAGGUUCCUCACACUGCGGCGAUUCGCAAAUGUCGAGGAAGUUGCCGCAUGCUGCAAAGCAGAGGCUCGUGAGCUGUGGGCCUCCUACUGCCCGCCAAGGACAGAGCCUACGGAUGCCGCUGAAGUGGCGGUGCCUUUGGUGCGAGGGUCUGUGCCAUCCCCACUGCCUCGUCUGGCAUUGGUCCUUGGCACAGAAGGCGAUGGCAUCUCGCCGGAGCUGCUAAGGAAGGCAAACCUCGCCGUAUAUCUACCGAUGCACGGCUUUAUGCAGUCUCUAAAUGUGGCUGUGGCUUGCGGCAUGCUCCUCCAGCGACUUUUCGAUCUCUGUCCUGAAGCAAGGGGGGAUAUGCCUUCCCAGGUUCAGGAACACCUGGCGGGCAUGUUGCGCGGUCUUCACCUUGCAAGAGAUGAUGUCGGUGACGACGAUGAGGGCAUUCCCGAGGGCCUGAUCUGA